AUGAAUCGCAAGUCAAAUGAAGUAUUGAUGAAACAUGGGUUUCGUAUCGGUGAAACGAUUGGAGAAGGAUCUUACAGCAAAGUCAAGUAAGUUUUCUCAGAUUUGUUCAGAGCUGCUACAUACAAGGGGAAGCGAAUCGCCGUGAAAAUCAUAAAACGAGCUAAAAUAUCGAAUGAUUUCAACAACCGUUUCCUUCCAAGAGAACUCCAAACUCUAGCCACGGUGCAGCAUAAGAACAUCAUCGAAGUCUACAAGAUAUUCGAUUUCCCCAAAACAGUUUACAUCUUCAUGGAGUAUAUUGGAAGGGGAGAUUUACUGUCGCAUAUAAGGAUCCGCAAAUGCUUGGACGAACAUGAAAGUCGCCACUACUUCAAGCAACUGGUAAGCGCCUUGAGGUAUUUGCACAGCCUCGACGUGGCACACAGAGACAUAAAAUGCGAAAACAUCCUGAUAAACGAAGAAGACGAAAUUAAACUCAUAGAUUUCGGGUUUUGCAGAAGUACAGUCAACAGUAAAGGCAGGCGAGUUCUCAGCGAGACGUUCUGCGGCAGCACGGCCUACGCGCCCCCAGAAGUGCUCAAAGGCACUCCCUACAACCCCAUGAUGUAUGACGUGUGGAGCUUGGGCUGCGUCCUGUACAUCAUGAUCACGGGAGCCAUGCCCUUCGACGAUUCCAAUGUCGCCAGGAUGGUGAGGAGCCAGCAAAACAAACAGAUCAAGUUUCAAGCCAACGUGAGGUUUACACGAACGGUAAAGAACCUAAUCACCAGAAUGCUGGAACCUGACAUUACUUGUCGAGCCACCAUGGAUCACGUGAGCCGCCACGAAUGGACCGUGGCUGGAGGGAACUACCAGCAGCUCCAAAGCAGGGCUUUCUUCCAAUCCAAUCCGAACCUUCAAAACGAGUCUGACGCAAAACUCAGCAUGAGCCAACCCAGCAAGAAACUCGUAGUCUACAGAGGAUCGUCAGAAGAAUUUGAAUUCAAAGGAUUUCUGAGAAACCCGUGA